CCAGAUCGAUCUGCUUGGUAGAGUAUCGAAUAUGUAGAGGUCUUACUUUCAGAAAUAAUUAAUAAAAAACCCGAUAUUUUCCACUUCGUCAACUUCCACCUUUACAUAUUUUCCUUUCCAUUCCGCUAGAGGGCAGUAUUGCGGUAAAUCCGAGCCAAUAAAAGGAGAAAACGCGGCUCAGUGCAGAUCAGUCGGAGGGAGGGAAGACACAGCUGCCUGCAUCGUUUCGGAUAGAGUUAAUUAAAACUGGAUUUCUGCUCUGAGGGUGUCCUUAAACCGACUUUUAAACGUAACGAAGCUACAGUCCUCCGAGUUCUCAGCAAACACCUAGGCUGAAGAAAGAAAGAAGGAAUGAGCACAAUCCUACGAUUGGAAGGCCUGGAUGUGAAGGCAGGCACUCAAGAUAUAAGGGAAUUCUUUAAAUCCCUGCAUAUACCUGAUGGAGGGGUUUACAUCAUGGGGGGGAGUCUCGGUGAAGCAUUUAUUGCAUUUGCCAAUGAAAACGACGCACAGAUCGCCUUGCUGCAUAAUGGUAAUUUCCUGAAAGGCUCCAUGGUGUUUCUGCACGCUAGCAGUAUAAAGGAGAUGGAGCAGAAAUUGGAAUCCUUUGGGAAGAAGACCGUAAGCCCUGAAAGGAAAACUCAAUAUCCAGCUGCAGAUAAAAUGCCAAGUCCACAUGAUGGCAGCGUUGAAUUUAAGUCCAAAUCCAACCCAAACGAUGUGAGUAAAUCUAAGCUGAAGGACGGGAGAAUGACUAAGAUGAAACCCAAACCCAGGAGGGAGGAUCCUAAAAUGGCUAAGGGGAAAACAACAUCCAGGUCGCACUGUACUUCAGUUGCAUCUUCAUUUGAUCCCGAAACUACCAGUCUGCCAGCUGCUUAUGCAAAACAUUUUCAGCUGAGCACAGUAAAUAAGCAAUUUUCAAAUGAAAAACCUUUGGAUACUAGUACUGCUUUUCUGCUUGGAGUUUGCUCUGUUCUUAAGAGUCUCAAGUCUGAAACCACUGUGCCAGCAUUUGAGUUGAACAAGGAUGUUAGCACAACCUUAUCUGGAGAUGUCAGAAGCCCAAAGCACACAUCGGAUUUGAAACCAGGCUACGUUCGACUCUUUGGGCUGCCAUCUUCAACUACUAAAGAAGAAAUCUGUACUUUUUUCAAAGGGUUGCAUGUGAAAGAGGUUAUAGUCAACGUUGAACUUGGAAAGGGUCAUGGCUGCCUUGUGAAGUUUGCAAAUAUGCAAGAUGCAUCUGAUGCUCUUAGCUUCAACCUGAAGUUGCUGGGCUCAUUCUGUGUGGAGGUACGGGGAGGAGAUGAGAAAAUGUGGGACAGAGUGCUACAAGAAUGCAGGAAUGCAUUAGAUGCCUGGCCAAGUAAUCAAUACCAAAGAUCUAAGGAAAGGGAAAAAUAUGAGAGAAAAUCUGUUUCCCCUCUGCAGAGGAAGAGGGCAGCAGACAAUCAAGUUCACCUGGAACCGCUGAAAAAGCCAAGACGUGACACUGAAACAGACUCUUCAUUAUUAAAAACCUCAGAAUAUACAGUCAUGGUCCGAAACCUUCCCAAAACCAUAACCAAGACUGAAAUCAAAGAGCUAUUUGCAUGCACACACAUGCCACACAGAAACGUGCUUCAUCUGCUGGAUGAAGCAGGAGACCUCACAGACACGGCUUUUCUGAUUUUUAACCGCAGACAGGACUUUGACUAUGCCAUAAAUCUCUCUGGCUGCCAUGCAGGCUCUGGUGCCAUUGAGGUUACUUCUAUCACCAAGCAGAUCAUGUGGGGAAUGAUAGCCAAAAACAACCCUAGGAACCGUAGGACCGGUCCUACCGACCCAAGAUUACACAUUCACCUGAGAAAACCAGAUGAACAGAAGACCGGGACGCAGCGGCGGGAGAGUCAAACAGACAUGGCUCAGAGGUACAUUUUUAUUAGAAACAUGCCUGCAAAUGUAAAAAGAAGUCAGAUCAGGAGCCUGUUCUGUAAAUUUAAUAAUCUGAGCUUGGACGACAUCAUGUUACUGCAUGACAGCGAGGGCCGCGGCAGGGGGGAGGCCGUGGUUACCUUUGAAUCCGAGCAGCAAGCUGCCGAGGCCCAGAGGAUGCACGGCGAGGAGUUCCUGGGGACAAGCGUGCUGCUUACUCUCAUAAAUGGCGAGCAAGUGGAGAACAUUUUGAACAACUGAGAAACUUUGCCUGAUCUGAGGUUGUUUUUGGCAUUUAAGUCUUACGUCAGGAUCACCUGUACAUUUGCGUUUUUGUACUUUUCUUUUUGACAAAAUGAAUAAUAAACGUUCCUGUUGAUGCAAGAUGCUUCAAAGCCUUUUAUCCGACGAUGAAAAGAAGACCAGGCGAAGUGUACAGAUAUUUUUUGGAAGGGGUGACUGGAGAUUUUCUCACCCAUGACAGAAUUCAGAUUUUUUGGUUUUGACUUUGAAUCAGCAUGGCUUAAUCAUUAGAAUUAGAAUUCUAAAGGAAGAUCAGUUUUUGUUCUAACAAGUUCUAAAGCUCCAGGGUUCAUAUUUGCCUUUUGUUAAAACAGGAGAAACAAACUUCAACAGGAUUUGCAAGCAACUGCUAAAUAAAGAAAAGGUAGUUUAACCGCAGACGGAAACGGCUGCACAGGAGGAAGUAACAUGAAAACGUAAAUAAAAGUUGUCGGGGAGAACGCCCUGGGUAAUAUGCAUUCAACAAGAUGGAGCAAGCCACUGGAGGCGGAGUCUCAGGGCGUGAGGAAGACCAAGCCAUUGGAUUUAACAGUAUUACUGUAGUUUUGUGAGACCAGGAAAAUGACUUUUACAGUUACUUCAACAAGACCUUUAUUAAACCUGGACAAAAACUAACAACUAAUACAAUUGGUCAACUAAAACAUGUCCUGUUCAUGUUGUGAAAAACUUCCAUUUAUCUGAGGAAGUAGGAAAAAAAACUUUAUUGGUGGGAAAACAAGAUGACACAUUCAGUAUAUAUAAAUGUAUAUACACAAAAGGGAAAAAAGACUCCACGUCUGUUGUGCAUCUGUGAGAGAAGGAUGAGUGAGGCGCCAUCUUCUGCUGAUCAUUUGAAAUACCUCUUUGGACCAUCUGGAUAUCUGGAUGGACCUAAACAACACAGGAAGAAACAAAGACGACGAAAGGUUCAAUGUUCAUUCAGUUUUUUUUCUUCCCUAAAGCGAUUCUGUGAAUCUUUGUAAGAAAGUAUUAAAUCUUUUUUUUUUUUUUUUUUCCAAACUUGCCAAUUUGAACAAUUUUUUUUGUUACCCUACCACACAACUAGAAUUUUUUUUUUCUUGUACCUGAAUGAUUACUUGGAUAUCGUUCGUUGUUGCCUUGCAAUCUUGGAGGUGGUUUGGAAAAGUCUGAAGACCUCAUGGGAAAGCUGCUAAAUGUCGAUGGCUGUGGAGGUAAAAGAAGCAGAAGACCCAAACUUUUAUCCACAGUCCAAAAUCCAGCUUGAAGUAUUGAAUCAUAAAGUGAAGCAGGCUGGCUUUAGCUACUUAUUGAAGAGAGGAAAACAGGCUGUACCUCUGGAAUGCUCCUCAGCCUGUAAUCCAUCAGCGCGUCGGUUAGUUUUUGUGUCACUUUCAGGACCAACUGAGCAUCGUUUUCGGUCUCUAUUCGGAAAGAGUCCUAAAGACAGAAAUGACAAAUAGUCUUUUAUAUAUAUCAUUUGGUCAAAGGAGCGGAGAUGCAACAGGAGGAGAUUCGCACCAGGUGUUUGAGCAGAGCGGGAAUGUUUUUACUCUCCGGGGCUUCUCCAAAUAAUCUAGGCUGGUUCACUGGUUUGCUCGUCGGUCUCUUCGUAAAGCCGUCCUGGAACUCAUUAGGAUACGCUGCGUUUGUGUUUUCACCCAUCGGUCCGCCCCUUCCAUAGCCAUCUGGUCCAGGACCCCUACUGUCCGGGUAAGGACCCAUAUUCAUACCCCCGUCAGGAAACGCUGGUCUUGGCAUAAAGCCUCCAUACCCAGGUUCUUCAUAUUCUCCACCUUGAUAGUUGGAGGGAGCACCUCUAUGAGGGGGGAACUCUCCUUGAAACCUGGAGUUAUGGAACCUGGGACCUGUAAGAUGCACAAUAGCUCCAUAUUAAUCCACAUUCAAUUCUUCUGUUUCAUAUCCUGUGAAAUAGAACAUCUAAGAAGUUAAUUAUUGCACUUAUUCAAAAAAUAUAGUAAAACAUGGAAAGAUUUGUUGAUUUUUCAUGGUAAGCAGGCCACCAAACCCAACAUUUUACAGAAGACCUACUGAAUGCACAAGCAACAGUGAUAACAGUAGCUAACUAAAAUUUGCAUUGAAGAUAACCAAGGAGUGGAGCAAGGCUGUUAUCCCACAUAAAUGUAUCCAGGACAUGGAUCCCACUCACAUUUGUCCAGAAACAGAGGCCGGAGGUUUUAACCUCAGCUAAGGAAAGAAGGAGCCUGAUCGUUCACCCUUUCAGAUGGAAGUAAACUGCAGAGACGUGAGGUCUGAAGUAAUCCUCCUGCUAAUGACGCACAGUGGGUAACCAGUUUUUUUAUAUAAGCAACACAAGGCGUCAAGAUGAAGCAGGAUCCUUUCAUAUACCUAUACUGAGAAUAAUUAGAGAACGUGGCUCAAAGAAUUCUCACAUCUACCGUUACGUUUAAAGAAGAUGGCUUAUGAACGUUUUAACCUUUUCUUUUUCCCCCUCAACAGCCAAAUCAUACAAAGGACCAUACAAUGAAUUGAUGUGUUAUAAUUUACAGUUAAGACUAGCAGUGGAUCAAUGAAGAGUAGACUAUACAUAGUUUUCUGUUUUGUGAAUUGCAUUCUUCAUGUAAUUUUCUUUUAGAACAAUGUUUAGGGAAGACAGAAAAGGUACAGCUAAAUGUUUUAUAAGUGUUUUUUUCUAACUGUAUAACAUGGAAUUUUAUAUAGUUCUAUGUGCACCUUGCAUUAAGCCAAAACCUUUGAAGAUAACAUGUCUGUGGUCCAAUUUCAAGCUGCUUGAAUAAAUCAAGUCCAGUUUUUUAACAAAUGUUAGGAAAUUGAAUGUAGCUGAAUUACAGCUUAUAGAAUAAAUAAGCUGGAUAUCAUUGAGAAAGGACCACAGGAUGCAGAUGUAUGAGAACGUCACAAUCCUUGAGAAUAAACUCCAUCAUAAUGAGGAGGUGUGAUUAGGGAACUAACAAGUAGUUACAGCUAACCACAUGAUGGGAUGAAGAUCGGUGGUUUAGGGGAGUUAAUGGAGCCUUGAAUGGGACUAAAGAUCCUGCAUUAAAAGGGAUUCAAUUCAUGAGUCUGAAGAUUACUGAUGCUGGGAUAAGGUGGAUGGGAUCCAGUUACCCCAAUCAAAGUACAUGGAAAUCAGACACUCCUGAACAUGAUGUGGCUUUUUCUUUCAGAGCACAAUAAGUUUAAAACGCACUUGUUUCUGUUGCUGAGUUCUUAAAAAAGCAAUUAUAUUCAUUAAAAGAAGUUGUGGACAUUCAAUUAUUGACUCACUGAUUAUUUCUACAUUUCAUUGCUUGAAUCAAAGAAAUUUGGGAUGUGAAUAAAGUUGUAUCAGCAUUUAGCUGAAACCUAUGAAGGCCACAUGCUUGCUGCCAAUCAGCAAGCCGUCAGAGCUGCUGUUAAGUAUGUGGCUGUGUGAUCUAGCUGACCGCAACGCUGUGCUUUUUGGCUAACUUUAUUAUUUGAAGGGUUUAGCAUUAAGACAAAUCGAUAAAAAGCAAACCACUGAAACGGAAGAAUAAAUUAUGUGAGAUGAAAAAAGGGAAGUUACAAAACACAGCAAAGGCAUUAGCAGGCAGAGGAACCAUUAGUCGUUGGUGAAUAAGAAUCACUUUCAGAUACAGAAGUGAGGUUAGCUCUAAAAAGGCAGAUGUACCAUCAAAGAGAGGACAUCUAAAUGGCUUACGACUGGGAGAAAAACAGAAGGAAGAGAGGCCACUAUGGACGACAAUAGUGGCAUUAAUGUAAAGAAAAAAAAAAAAUCUUGCAAUAAUGGAGUAAUUCAUUCAGAAAGAGACCAGAACAAGUAAUGGGUGUAAAUACAAUACAGUACAUGCGUAUGCUUGUGUUUUAAACCAAAUUUUGAGGGUUUUAUCAGCUGUAAGCCACAAUACACAGAAAUAAAAAAUGUCACUGUGGGUAGUUAAUCUAAUGAACCUUAACUGAACUGAAUAAGUGAAACAAUUGUACCAUAAAUGAUUUUCUAAUUGACCAAAAGGAGCUCACCAAAUGAAGGACCCAUUGGCCCCAUCCCCUUAUUCGGUGGAGGCAUUGCUGCAGGAGCAGCAGAACCUGUGAGAAAAUAAAAACGAAGAGACACAUAAAAUCAGAGGAGUGCUGCAUAAAAGCAUUAGUAAAUGUAAUCCAUUAGUUCUCUGCAUGUAAUAGUUUAGCACAGAAGGAAAAAAAGCAAGAUCACUCACGGAGUCCCUUAAAAGCAGGAACCAGAUAGGGCUCCUUCAGAAUCACCUAAAGGCCAGAAGAGAAACAGGGAAAUGACAAUUUACAUAAGCUAUUGCAA